CAUCACGUCCGUGUGAAUGAGGCGUCAUCUUUUCUGAUGUAGAGCGGCGCGGCGGCCUUUCUUUGCUGCUCUACAUUUCCUCCAACCUUACCACCCUAACCCGUUUGUUAUAUCUCUGAAUUUCUCUAACCAUGACCCAAAGGUGGAGACCCUUUCUCGCUGCUUGCCUGCUGCUUCUGGCCGCUCUGUGCUCGGAGGCUUCGGCGGACGGUUUGGUGAACGAGGACGUGAAGAGGACCGUGGACCUGGGCACUCAUCUAGCCAAAAUCACUGCGGAGGUCGUGCUGUCCAACCAGGGACACUCUGCCGUCCAAAGCUUUGUACUAGCUGUAGAGGCUGACCUGGCCCCGCACCUGGCGUACAUCGGAGCUUCGGUUAAGGGUGAUGAAGAAGAGGAUGGCACACUUGAAGUCCAACAGACAACAAUUCAGGGCCAAAGGGGGGAGUUUUACAAAGUGCAGCUGCCCUCCAGUCUGGCUCCAGGUGCUCAGCUGAAAACCAAGGUGGAGAUGACAUUCAGCCACGUCCUGAAGCCCUUCCCUACACAGAUCACCCAGGCUGAGCGUCAGCUGGUGAUCUUCCAGGGGAACCACUAUCUGUUCUCCCCAUAUCCCACCCGCAGCCAGACCACUCGCGUCCGCCUGGCCUCCAAGACUGUAGAGAGCUACACCAAGCUGGGCAACCCCAGCAAGACGGAUGAGAUCAUCGAGUACGGGCCGUUCCGUGACGUCGCUCCAUUCAGCGAGGAUGCAAUGAAGAUCCAUUACGAAAACAACACACCCUUCCUCACCAUCAGCAGCAUCACUCGCACCAUUGAGGUGUCUCACUGGGGCAACAUUGCUGUGGAAGAAACCAUCGACCUGAGGCACACGGGGGCCGUCCUGAAGGGCCCCUUCUCCCGUUACGAUUAUCAGCGCCAGUCAGACAGCGGCAUCUCAUCUGUCAAGUCCUUCAAGACUAUCCUUCCUGCCUCGGCCCAAGAUGUUUACUACAGGGACGAGAUCGGCAACAUCUCCACUUCCCAUCUGCAGGUUUUGGAUGACUCAGUGGAAGUGGAGGUCAGACCUCGCUUCCCCUUGUUUGGAGGCUGGAAGACCCACUACAUCAUCGGCUACAAUCUGCCCAGCUAUGAGUACCUGUACACCCUGGGUGACCAGUAUGCACUGAAGAUGAGACUGGUUGACCAUGUGUAUGAUGACCAGGUUAUUGACUCGCUGACUGUAAAGAUCAUCCUGCCAGAGGGCGCCAGAAACAUCCACGUGGACACACCGUACAAAAUUGAUCGUAUGCCAAACCAGCUGCACUACACAUACCUGGAUACUUUUGGCCGACCUGUGCUGGUCGCCACCAAGAACAACCUGGUAGAGCAGCACAUUCAGGAUGUCGUGGUGCAUUAUAACUUCAAUAAGAUCCUGAUGCUGCAGGAGCCUCUCUUGGUUGUAGGGGCCUUCUACAUACUCUUCUUCACCGUCAUCAUCUAUGUGCGCCUGGACUUUGCCAUCACAAAGGAUCCUGCGGCCGAGGUGCGGAUGAAGGUGGCUUCCAUCACAGAGCAGGUCCUGACUCUGGUCAACAAGCGCCUGGGCCUGUACCGCCACAUGGACGAGGUGGUCAACCGCUACAAGCAGUCCCGGGACACGGGGGCGCUCAACAGCGGUCGGAAGACUCUGGAGGCCGACCACCGCACCCUCACCAACGAAAUCAGCUCGCUGCAGGCCCGGCUCAAGGCAGAGGGCUCCGACUUGGCCGAUAAGGUGGGAGAGGUGCAGAAGCUGGACGGCCAGGUGAAGGAGCUGGUGUGCCGCUCCUGCCAGGAGGCCGAGAGGCUGGUGGCGGGUAAAGUCAAGAAGGAGGCUUACAUCGAGAGCGAGAAGAAUCUGACCGGCAGGAGACAGGAGCUCGUCGGCCGCAUCGACAGUCUGCUGGACGCACUCUAAGCUACUCCGGCACAGCACAGCACUGCAACAACAACACAAACCGAAUGCGUUUGAGAAUGAAAUGAAACGUGAUACACGCUCACACAUUUGUUUUUUUUUUUUUACCAUCCUUAAAUAGAAACUCGGACAAUUAACAUCUUUACCGUAGUGAUGGGCUUCAUCCAAACACGUGUGCCUUGUGGUAAACUUGAGGUCACUGCGUGCUCAGCUCUACAGCAGCUACAUCACAGUUUUUGGCUUUUUUGUUUGUCCGCUUUUCACUUGAGCUUCUCUUAAACUUUGUCACCCUUGCCUCAGACGUGACUCUUUUGUUUCCAUGUUCACAUCUGGACAAUUUUUUUUUUUUUUUUCCAUAAACGUAUGUAAGGUUAAGGGACAAUUUUUGAAAACAACAGCUGAAGGGCCCCAGUGUUUCAGUCUCAUGUCUUUACUCACAUAUAAUUCAAUCCUCUCUGGCGUUUAAGUAUGAAGAUGGCAACCUCUUCCAAUCCUAUCUCUUUUGCACUUAAACAUUUCUCUAUUCGAACCGAAGCCGACCUUCAUAUUUGAAUACACCUGAAGCUCUGAUUAUGCGUCAACCCAACUGCUUGUUUGUGAUGUUCCUCCGUCUUAUUUUCUACAUUUUGUAUGAUUAUAUUUUUUUUUUUGUAAGCAGUUUCUUUUGACUGUGAGAUUAAAGAAUAAAAGAGAUUCAAUUGUAUGUGGAAAAAGACAUGAAAGAUGGACAGUGCCGUAAAAUGUUCAAUGAUAUGGAAAGCUGUCAGCAAAUUUGAAAUAAAAGUUUUGAGAAACUGA